UCCAUUCCCAACACAAACUCCGCGAUAAAAGUUGUGUUUUUAUUAUUGAGGAGAGAAAAUGUGCUCAAAAAAUAUCAUCAUUUGAUUUAACGCUGUCAUCAAAACAUAAGGAGUAUUGAAACUGUAAUCGCAUUAAUAAUAUCGCAUUUGCAGUGAAUUAUUUGAAACGAUGUUUUGCUAUCACUGUCCGAUCGGAACACCAGUUGGAACUCAUCACCAUUCAGGCACAACACCUGCAGGAAUGCCUACACUAUCCAUGUAUUCGAGCGGAACUCCAUACACGACAUACGCGGCCUAUCAGAGCGAUAUACACGACGACGCGUUUGUCCGCCGAAAACAGCGCCGAAAUCGGACCACAUUUACGGUCCAACAACUCGAGGAACUGGAGAAGGCGUUCGCACAGACACACUAUCCCGACGUAUUCACACGCGAAGGUCUGCCAAACAGACAUAUCAUACUAUCCUUACAUAUCAUACAUACUAUCACCGAGUUUUGA